CCUCCCUCUCCGUUUUCCAUUAGGAACACGGCCGGCAGCGGGAAUAGGCAGAGCGGUUUAUCCCGACCCCCUCCGCGGGAUCAAGCAUAUUCCCGCAGGAUCAAGCCGGGAUCUUCCUUCUGGGAUCCCCCCCUCCAAAGCAAUCAGGUUUCCCCGGGCUUUAAGACCCUCGCGGGGCGCCGUCCGCCGCGGUCACGUGACCGCCGCAACAUGGCGGCGCCCAUGUGAAGAAGGAGGGCGCGGCGCGGAGGAUGCGCGGCGCGGCAGCCGCCUUCAGGAGCCUUCAACGAGCUACCUCCGGCCCCCUCCGCCGCCGCUUUGCCAUGGACGGCGCUUCCCCCAACGGGUCCGGGCCCCCCCCGGCCCCUGAGGGCCCCCCCCGGGGCCGGCGAGACGCUGAUCUCCGAGGGUCAAGCCACCAUCCUGUUCCCCAGCGCCAACGAGGUCUUCUACAACCCGGUGCAGGGCUUCAACCGGGACCUGACCUGCGCCGUGCUCACGGAAUUUGCUCGGCUCCUCCUGCAGCCGAAGGGGAUCCGGGUUGUCCUCCCUGGGGAGGAGAACACGGAUGCAGGAAGCCCCCAAGCACCGGAGGAGGGUGACGGUGCCAGCGCCGAGCCCCCGCGGGUGGCGAAGGCAGGAGAAGUGUGCGAGGGGGGGCUGCGGGUGCUGGAGGCGCUGGCGGCCUCGGGGCUCCGCUCCAUCCGCUUUGCCAAGGAGGUGCCGGGGCUUCGGGCCGUGGUGGCCAACGACUGCUCGGCGCGGGCCGUGGAGCUCAUGGGCCGCAACGUGGCCUUCAACGGGGUGGGGGCCCUGGUGACCCCCCAUAUGGCUGAUGCCAGGCUGCUGAUGUACCAGAGCAAAGCUGACAAGGAGCCCUUCGAUGUGAUCGACCUGGAUCCCUACGGCAGCCCCGCGCCCUUCCUGGAUGCUGCUGUGCAAGCUGUGAGCGAAGGAGGGCUGCUGUGUGUGACCUGCACGGACAUGGCGGUGCUGGCGGGGAACAGCGCCGAGACCUGUUACAGCAAAUACGGCGCCAUGUCCCUCAAGGGCAAGUUCUGCCACGAGAUGGCGCUGCGGAUCAUCCUGCACAGCUUGGACAGGCGAGCCAACUGCUACCAGCGCUUCAUCGCGCCGCUGCUCGCCGUCAGCGCCGACUUCUACAUCCGCGUCUUCGUGCGGGUCUUCACGGGGCAGGCGAAGGUGAAAGCCUCGGCCAGCAAGCAGGCUCUGGUGUACCACUGCGUCGGCUGCGGCACCCACCACCUCCAGCGCAUGGGCAAAGCCACAGCCCAUGGCAAUGGCUUCAAGUAUGGGGCAGCCACGGGGCCGCCCGUGGGGCCCACGUGUGAGUUCUGCCACCAGCGGCACCAGCUGGGUGGCCCCAUCUGGGCUGAGCCGCUCCAUGACGUGCCCUUCGUGCAGCGGGUGCUGGCGGCGCUGGAGCGGAGCCCCCGGCGCUUCCCGACGCAGGAGCGGCUGCGGGGGGUGCUCAGCGGCAUCGCCGAGGAGCUCAGCGAUGUGCCCCUGUACUACACCCUGGAGGGGCUCAGCAGCACCAUCCACUGCAACACCCCAUCGCUGCUGCAGUUCAGGACCGCAGUGAAGACGGAUGCGCCCCCAGCCGUGCUCUGGGAUAUCCUGCGCUGCUGGGUGCGGCUGCACCCAGUGAAGCGCGAGCGGCUCACGGAGAGCAGCCCCGCAGCCCGGAUCCUCGCUGUGGAGCCCACGCUCGAGGCCUCCUUCACUGUCCGCGCCGACGCCAACCCCAGCUCCAGGAAAAGGGGCUUGAAGCGAUUCCCGGAAAACCCAGAAGCAUUUUGGGGACCUAAAGCCAAGGCCAAGGCCGGGGGGGGCAUCUCCCCGUCCCUGCAGGAGAAGCGGCAGCGGCUCCAGAACAAACGGACGCAGCGGCCGGAUGGAGCCGACCCGAAACCCUUCCCCUGCAAACGGCACAAGGAGGGCCGCUGCUCGCUGGGUGCCCAGUGCUGCUACUCACAUGAGGGGGACCCCCCCCUUGCACCCCCCAGCCCCGGCGCUGCCUCUGUUUAAUGCCCCCAUUAAACAGAGCCUGAGAAAA